AUGGGCAGCGCGGAGGACGCAGUCAAAGAGAAACUGCUGUGGAACGUGAAAAAGGAGGUGAAGCAAAUCAUGGAGGAGGCUGUCACCCGGAAGUUUGUGCAUGAAGAUAGCAGCCACAUCCUUACUCUAUGUGGUGCGGUGGAGGCUUGCCUCCUGCAUCAGCUGAGGCGCCGUGCCGCCGGCUUCCUGCGCAGUGACAAGAUGGCAGCCCUGUUCACCAAGGUGGGGAAGACGUGCCCAGUGGCUGGGGAGGUUUGCCACAAGGUGCAGGAGCUGCAGCAGCAAGUAGAGGGCAGGAAACCCUUGGCGGGCAACCAGGAGACCCAGCAGAGACAGGGCUCUGCCAGUGGGAAGGCCCCAGCCCUCAGCCUGCAGGCCUUGAAACACAUAUGGGUACGCACAGCGCUCAUCGAGAAAGUUCUGGACAGGGUCUUGCAGUACCUGGUGGAGAACUGCAGCAAGUACUACGAGAAGGAGGCGUUACUGGCAGACCCUGUGUUUGGCCCCAUCUUGGCCUCUCUUCUAGUGGGACCCUGUGCCUUGGAGUACACCAAGCUCAAGACAGCUGAUCACUACUGGACCGACCCCUCGGCUGAUGAGCUGGUCCAGAGGCACCGUAUCCGGGGUCCCCCAAAUCGCCAGGACUCCCCUGCGAAGCGCCCAGCCUUAGGAAUCCGGAAGCGGCACUCAAGUGGCAGCGGGUCGGAGGACAGGCUGGCCGCCUGCGCCCGUGAGUACGUGGAGUCCCUGCACCAGAACUCGAGGACACGGCUGCUCUACGGCAAAAACAACGUGCUGGUGCAGCCGAAGGAGGACAUGGAGGCUGUCCCUGGCUACCUCUCCCUGCACCAGUCUGCAGAGAGCCUGACUCUGAAGUGGACCCCCAACCAGCUCAUGAACGGCACUCUGGGGGAUUCCGAGCUGGAGAAGAGCGUUUACUGGGACUACGCCCUUGUUGUGCCCUUCAGUCAGAUUGUCUGCAUCCACUGCCACCAGCAAAAGAACGGCGGCACGCUUGUGCUGGUGAGCCAGGAUGGCAUCCAGAGGCCACCACUGCACUUCCCGCAGGGGGGCCACCUGCUGUCCUUCCUGUCCUGCCUGGAGAACGGGCUUCUGCCUCGAGGACAGCUGGAGCCCCCACUCUGGACCCAGCAGGGGAAGGGGAAGGUGUUCCCCCGGCUACGGAAGCGCAGCAGCAUGCGGUCCGUGGACGUGGAGGACGUGGGCUCGGGGCGGGCCACCGACUACGUGUUCCGGAUCAUUUACCCUGGCCACAGGCACGAGCACAUCACUAUUAACUACCACCACCUAGCGGCCAGCCGCGCGGCCUCGGUGGACGAUGAUGAGGAAGAGGAGGAUAAACUGCACGCGAUGCUGUCAAUGAUCUGCUCGCGGAACCUCACAGCUCCCAAUCCGAUGAAAGAUGCCAGCGACAUGAUCGAGAUGCAGGGCUUUGGACCCAGCCUGCCAGCCUGGCACCUGGAGCCCCCGUGCAGCCAGGGCACCCCCUGCCUCUCCUACUCCACCGGCAGCUCUCCACACGUACCCCCCAGCCACUGCAGCUGUGUCCCCGACCGGUUGCCCCUGAGGCUGCUGUGUGAGAGCAUGAAGAGACAGAUCGUGUCCCGGGCCUUCUACGGCUGGCUGGCAUACUGCCGCCACCUGUCCACGGUGCGGACCCACCUGUCGGCGCUGGUGCAUCACAACAUCAUCCCACCCGCCCGGCCACCGGGGGCCUCGGGGGGCCUCACCAAGGACGUGUGGAGCAAGUAUCAAAAGGACGAAAAGAACUACAAGGAGCUGGAGCUGCUGCGGCAGGUUUACUAUGGCGGCGUGGAGCACGAGAUCCGCAAGGACGUCUGGCCGUUUCUGCUUGGCCACUACAAGUUUGGCAUGAACACGAAGGAGAUGGAGCAGGUGGACACAGUGGUGGCAGCGAGGUACCAGCGGGUGUUGGCGGAGUGGAAGGCCUGCGAGGUGGUGGUGAGGCAGCGGGAGCGGGAGGCUCACCCAGCUACGCUCACCAAGUUCUCCUCAGGCAGCAGCAUCGACAGCCACGUGCAGCGCCUCAUCCACCGAGACUCCACCAUCAGCAAUGACGUGUUUGUUUCUGUGGAUGACCUGGAGCCUCCAAGGCCCCUGGGCCCCGAAGAUCCCAGACCAGAGCCUGAGCAGGGGGCGGGGGCCGCGCCCACUGGCACCACCAUGGUGGAGCAACAGUCGGUGGAGUUCGACUCUCCAGACUCAGGACUGCCUUCCUCCCGCAAUUACUCCGUGGCUUCGGGCAUCCAGUCAAGCAUAGAUGAGGGCCAGAGCAUGGGCUUUGAGGAGGAGGACGGCUGUGACGGGCUGGUCCCUGCAGCCCAGGUCUCCAAGCCUCAGGACCCCAGCCAGGAGAAGGCCUCGCGGGCCGGCGAGCUGGAGGCCGGGGAGGAGCUCGCCGCCGUGUGUGCUGCUGCCUACACUAUAGAAUUACUGGACACCGUGGCCUUAAAUUUGCACCGCAUAGACAAGGAUGUGCAGCGAUGUGACCGCAACUACUGGUACUUCACACCCCCCAACCUCGAGCGGCUCAGAGACAUCAUGUGCAGCUACGUGUGGGAGCACUUGGACGUGGGCUACGUGCAGGGCAUGUGCGACCUGCUGGCGCCUCUCCUGGUUGUCCUCGACGAUGACCAGCUGGCCUACAGCUGUUUCAGCCACCUCAUGAAGAGGAUGAGCCAGAACUUCCCCAACGGGGGGGCCAUGGACGCCCACUUUGCCAACAUGCGUUCCCUCAUCCAGAUCCUGGACUCAGAGCUGUUUGAACUGAUGCAUCAGAAUGGAGACUAUACCCACUUCUACUUCUGUUACCGCUGGUUCCUGCUGGACUUUAAGAGAGAGCUGCCGUAUGAGGAUGUGUUUGCUGUGUGGGAGGUGAUCUGGGCAGCCCGGCACAUCUCCUCGGAGCACUUCGUCCUGUUCAUCGCCCUGGCCCUGGUGGAGGCCUACCGAGAGAUCAUCCGUGACAACAACAUGGACUUCACUGACAUCAUCAAGUUCUUCAACGAGCGGGCUGAGCAUCACGACGCCCAGGAGAUCCUGCGGAUUGCCCGGGACCUCGUCCACAAGGUGCAGAUGCUCAUAGAGAACAAGUGAGGGCUGUGGCUGGGGGGCAGCAGCCCGCCAGAGCCUGGGCUCCGGGCCCCUUUGGUCCCACAGAGGGAGGUGCAGGGGCGGCACAGCCAAGACGGCCCCAGCCCCCAGCUGACCCACCCGCCCAACUGUAUUCCUAACAAAGCACUUGUGAGCCUGGGAUCGGACUCCGGGCAGUGCUGGCCCUUCCGGGCGAGUCAGGGGCCAAGAUGCCCUCAGGUCAGGACCGGGAAGGGAGGGGUCAGCCUCAGGGAAUGGCUGCCUUGGGGGACACUUACCCUGCUCCCCUCUCAAACACCUGGGGAUAAGCCCACUGCCACUGGCAGCCCCAGCCUGGACAGCUUCCCCAUGGCCUCUCCUGGGGCCCUGGAGAGUUAGGAGGGCUGUAGUUGCCUGGACCCUACCUGGGUGGGUCAAGGGGACUCUGUGCUGUAUCUCUUCUGAGCGUCCCUCUGCAGGCCCCGUGCAUGUGCACACACCAGCCCCAGUUAGAGCAGCCAGAACGACUGCCAGUUUGGGUGUGUGCCCUGGGUGCAGGAGACCUGGGCUGCAUUCCAGGCCCUCCCCUGAGACUGCGGGACAGCCCAACAACAUGGGCCCUGGGUGGGAGCAACCCACCUCAGCAGCACUGCCACUGCCUUUGGCCACCUGAGGUGACCCCAUGCACCUCCCCCCCCCCCCGGCCUAUACAGUGCACCCAUGUGUAUCUGUACAGUCUCACUCUUAACCACCCUGCUCUUGCUUUAUGCAUUAGAUGCAUCCCCGAAAACUGUGCAUCAAUGAUGCUUCUGCCAGCAGAAUGACCUGGAAUGUGGCAGAAGCACUUGCUCUCCAGGCUGAUUCUUUAG